UUAACCACCUUUUAUCUCUCCAAUACUCCAAAAACUUUCUCUGCAGUUGCUCACAGAAAAUCAACUCUUCUGUUCACAACAAUCUAAAUCCCCGCUUCAAAUCUAUCCCUUCCCAUUCAAUUUCAGUUUUCCUCCCUAAAGCUUCAAUCUUUCACUACCCUUUUCUUCCCCCUUCCUGGGUUUUCCUUUUCACAAUGUUUCGUCUCAGCAAUAACUUGAUCGGCAUUCUCAACUUUAUCACUCUCGUCAUCUCAAUCCCCAUCAUCGGUGCCGGUAUUUGGCUCUCCAAAAGUGGCGCUACAGUGUGCGAGAAGUUCCUCGAAAAGCCGGUGAUUAUUCUCGGAGUUUUUCUCAUGUUGGUCUCCUUGGCCGGUUUGAUUGGCGCCUGCUGCAGAGUUUCUUUGCUCCUUUGGCUUUACUUGUUCGUCGUGUUCUUGCUGAUUGUGCUGCUUUUUUGCUUCACCAUCUUCGCCUUCGUUGUCACCAACAAAGGCGCCGGCCAAGUGUUGUCAAACAGGGGUUAUAAAGAGUACAGAUUGGGAGAUUACUCGAAUUGGUUGCAGAAAAGAGUGAAUAGCACCGGUAACUGGAACAAGAUUAAGAGUUGUUUGGCCGAUAGUAAAGUUUGCUCAAGCAUUUCCAACAAGUUAAUUAAUGACACUGUUGAAAAAUUCUAUUCAGAAAACCUGUCUUCUAUUCAGUCUGGUUGUUGUAAGCCAUCAAACGAUUGUGGAUUCACAUAUGUGAGUCCAACAAAUUGGACCGCUACCAGCACAACGUCAAGCAAUCCUGACUGUAAAGCGUGGUCGAACGAUAUAACUGUGUUGUGCUACAACUGCCAGUCAUGCAAAGCUGGGCUGCUGGACCAAGUCAAGACUGACUGGAAAAAGGUGGCCAUCGUCAACAUUGUCUUCCUCAUUGUGCUCAUCAUUUUCUAUUCCAUUGGAUGCUGCGCUUUCAGGAACAACAGGAGGGACAAUACCAAUGAGACCUAUACAAGACUCCCUUGAGGGACGCCAUGUGUAGUAGUAGAAGGAUCAUAUAUUCCUGCAUUUAGUGACUUUGUCUUAUUGUUGUUGUUAUUAACUUAUGUCGGUUAUAUUUUUUAAGAUGGAUUAUUUUUGCUUGUCAUUAGAACAUAUCGAAAUCCAGUUUCAACAAAAAUCAGUUGGUGUUUUCAUCA